AUGCCUUUGAACUUCCACAAGAACCAGAAACGCGGGGAAUUCCAUGACAGCAAAGCGCAAAGUACCGGGCGAGUCAACACCUUUGGCCAGGUCGCCAUUCAAUUCCACAAGAACACGCAUGCGCUAAGACAUUGGAUCGAUAAGGCUCAGGUUGAAGCCGCGGCAUGCCGACCAGCGCGGUGCGCAAGACCGCGAAGAGGAAGCACAACCCUAGUGGAUGAGUUCAUCAAGGAACAGACCAGCGACACCGGUGCACCGCGAUUGAACAUUGCAAUACAUAUCUGUGGAUCCCGGGGCGACGUGCAGCCCUUCAUUCCGAUCGCAAAGCUGCUCCAGGCCGGUCCACAUCACCACCGGGUACGCAUCUGCACGCAUCCAGCUUUCAAGGAUUUCGUGGAAAGCAAUGGCGUGGAGUUCUUUUCGAUUGGUGGUGAUCCGGAAGCGCUGAUGGCGUACAUGGUCAAGAAUCCUGGACUGUUGCCCAACAUGCAGUCCAUCAAAGCUGGUGAUAUCGGCAAGCGACGGAAAGAGAUGGCUGAGAUGAUGGACGGAACCUGGAGAAGUUGUAUCGAGGCCGGUGAUGGUAUGGGCGAGAGAAUAUCAGCGUUGAAUGUAGACGCGGCGGAGGACCUGUUCAUUGCCGACGCUAUCAUCGCCAAUCCGCCUUCAAUGGGACAUAUCCACUGCGCAGAGAAGCUGGGCAUUCCGCUGCACAUGGUCUUCACAAUGCCAUGGUCGCCGACGAAAGCGUUUCACCACCCCCUCGCGGCUAUGGAAUAUGGUGAAGUCGAGAAGUCUGUGGCGAAUUACUUCAGCUUUGGCAUUAUGGAGCUGCUAACUUGGCAAGGGUUGGGAGAUGUCCUCAAUAAGUUUCGAACGCAGACUCUAGGCCUAGACGCGAUGAGUCCGCUGUGGGGCCACCGGUUACUCCCAAGGCUUCGUAUUCCGUACAGUUACCUUUGGUCCCAGGCUCUGAUACCGCGGCCGUCUGACUGGGGCGACCAUAUCAACAUCACGGGAUUUUCAUUUUUGGACGCCGGUUCAAACUACACUCCGCCAGAUGAUUUGGCCGACUUUCUUGCCAAGGGACCGCCGCCAGUGUAUAUCGGCUUUGGUAGCAUCGUGGUCGACGACCCAGUGGGCCUCACCAAGCUUCUCUUUGAAGCGGUGAAGCUAGCAGGAGUUCGAGCGAUUGUUUCCAAGGGAUGGGGAGGUGUAGGCGGAGGUGACGUACCAGACAACAUCUACCUUAUCGGCAACUGCCCACACGACUGGCUGUUCAAACGGGUAUCUUGUGUUGUGCACCAUGGAGGCGCUGGUACAACAGCUGCCGGGAUUGCAUUGGGAAAGCCCACAGUUGUUGUGCCGUUCUUUGGUGAUCAACCCUUCUGGGGACAGAUGAUUGCUAAAGCUGGUGCCGGUCCGGUGCCUGUUCCUUUCAAGCAAAUGACUGCAGAGAGCCUCGCCAAUAGCAUCACCUUUGCGCUCCAAGAUUCGGUCCAAGUUGCUGUGCAGAAAAUGGCUGCGAGUAUUGCAGAAGAAGACGGCGCUGGUGACACGAUGCGAGAUUUCGAGCAGAGGUUGAAUAUCGACGCCAUGCGAUGCCAGCUAUGUCCGGAACGCCUGGCCAUAUGGCGUGACAAGCAGACUGGGGCACAUUUGAGUGGUUUGGCCGCAUGUACGCUUGUCGAGAAGAAGAUACUCGACGUGAAGCAUCUACGGCUACUGCGACAUCGUCAUUACUACACACACGAAGGAGCCGAAGGACCAUUGGUAGGUGCCGUGGCAGCCUUCGGAGGACUCAUGGCUUCACUUGGCACAGAUACGUCAGACUUCUCUCAACGCCUGAAGAAAAGACCACGCGAGUCGGACUUUGAAGCCUUGAAGAGAACACUGACAAGGGACGAUUCUGAUGACGCUAGGCUGGAAAAAGGUAUAACUUCGAGGCAAUUCCACCACCUGGCAUACAGAAUGGCAGCGAAAUCUUACGAAGACGACAUGGUUCACAACUUCGAAAAACCUCCAAGUCGACCGGGGCUGACUGCCCUCCGUGAUAGAGUCGCAACAAGAAGAGCUAAAGGUGGUCGUGGGUACCAGAUAGUCAGCGCCACCGCACACUACAUCGGUGAUCUUACAGGAACUGGUGCCAAGGCACCAGUGGCUCUUUUCUACAACAUGGCCAACGGCUUUCGGAAUUUUCCGUCGUAUGCGAUACGUAAUGAUCCUGCCAGGCGAAGAGAUGAGAUUACUGGCUUUGGAAGUGGAUGCAAAUUAGCUGGGAAAGAGUUUGUGCUCGGCUUCGGCGAUGCAUUGGUGGGUAUUGCAAGGCAUCCAUAUCUUGGUGCAAAGCAGGAGGGCGCUCUUGGCUUCGGUAAAGGGCUUGGUAGAGGUCUUGGUGGACUUUACUUCCAUUCGAUGGCUGCAAUCUUCGGCGUACCAGGAUACUUCUUGAAGGGAAUUGAGCGGGGGCUGUUGGCGCGCCAUCUCACUGCUGUCCAGGCCGAGAUCUUCUUCAUUCAGCUGCGCCGAUCGGGUGUUGGCUUCCGUGGUGCGAGUGACGCCGAGAAGGCAGAUCUGACGAAGGCGCAUUGGAUCUCCGUCUACGACUACAUGCAGCGCGCGCACGCAAUGACUGCAACUGAUCUCAGUCGCAUAGUAUGGCAGAUUGCGCUAUCUGUAGCGGCUGCUGCCAUGAGCGUUUUUAUGUUCAAGCUCGUGAAGAUGCGCAUGAUCUUCUACAAACUAAAGAAGCAAGGACUGCCAAUACCACCGUGGGACUUCGCAGCCGGUAACCUCAAAGUGCUACCAGGACUCCUUGAAAAGUUUCCCAAAGGCUCCCAACAAUCUGAUGUAUUCACCCUGUUAUCUAACGACUUCAAGGACUCCGACAACUGCUUUUACGUCGAUCUAUGGCCUUUUAGCAGUCCGCUCCUUGUAGUCACCUCACCAGAUCUAGCAAUACAAGCAUGUCAAGAGCAUGAUCUUCCAAAGCCUCCGGUUCUCAUACCGUUUUUUGCACCCUUUGCGGGUGGGCCCAAUCUGUUUGAUAUGAACGGCGCAGAGUGGAAGCGCUCGAGGGCGCUCUUCAACCCGGGUUUUAGUGACAGGGUAAUGCUUGGGAGCAUACCGCACAUCAUCAAGGAAGCCGAAGUCUACGUGAAGCUGCUGCGAGAGCACGCGAAGAAAGGGGAUACGUUCUCGCUGGACAGAUUGACGUGCGACUACAUGAUGGACGUAAUCGGUGCCAUCACCAUCAAUACUCGCCUUCACUCCAUGACUAGCCGCAAUGCGCUUGCAGCUGCCAUGCGAAGCUCUAUCGAAUGGCAUUGCCAGGAUGAAGAGUUGAACCCUUUCAUACGCUGGAACCCUAUGCGACCCUUGAUCGAAUGGUGGAACGGCAAGACCAUGAAUCGAUACAUCGGCAUCGAGCUGGACAAGCAAUAUGAAGACUGGAAGACCCAUGAGCCAUCUGAUCGUUCAAAUUCCGUCAUGGACAUUGCGAUAGCAGCGUACAUGACCGAGCGCAAGGCUGCGGCGAAGCUUGAUGCCGACUUCAAGAAGUGGGCGACUAUCCAGAUCCGCCUGUUCUUGUUCGCCGGGCACGACUCGACCGCUGCAACGAUUGUUUACAGUCUAUAUUUGCUGUCCAAGCACCCAGAUGCUUUGGCCAAGGUUCGUGCAGAGCUCGAUGAGGUCUUUGGGUACGGCAUCGACACAGCUGCUACCUCACUGAACAUGCAUCCAGAGCGCAUCAAUAAGAUUCCAUACACCACCGCUGUCAUCAAGGAAACCCUACGACUUUUUCCACCAGCUGCUGGCAUGAGAGGUGGGCUUCCAGGUGUCUUUCUACGUGACAAGAGUGGAAACAAGUACCCUACCGAAGACAUCAACAUCUGGAUCUUACACGGAGCAAUACAGCGGAAUCCAAAAUACUGGCCUGAGCCUCAUGGGUUCCUGCCGGAGCGCUGGCUUGUUGAGCCUGGCCAUCCUCUGUACCCGCCAAAAGGUGGAUGGCGGCCAUUCGAAGCUGGCCCAAGGAACUGCGUUGGCCAAACGCUUGCGAUGCUGGAUAUCAAGAUCACAUUGGCGAUGACAGUCCGCGAAUUCGACAUUCAUGAUCAGUAUGAAGAGUGGGACCGGCUGCAUCCUUCGACUGGUGUCAAGACGGUCUUUGGGGAGAGAGCGUAUCAGGUACCGCUGGGAGCAGCGCACCCUGUGCACGGUUUUCCUUGCAAAGUCACAGCUCGAGAAUUCUCAGAGACUUAG